GUAGUUGUGGUUGAGUUUCUGAUGGCUUGAUUUAUUUUAUUACCACUUUAUUUUUCUAUUCCAAUCUCAUAUUUUGGUUCGAGCUUGACCGGUAAUGGCUUUACUACCGCCUGACCCGGUUUACACCAUUCGUAAUGUCGAUAAUUCCCCUGUUUACUCGUUAGCAUUUAGCUUUCUUCCCGGCGGUCUCGAGAGGUUACUAGUUGGAUCUAAAAAUGGUUAUGUUUAUGCAUACAACCUUCAGACUAACCGGGUCCAGCAGAAAAUCAAAGUUGGUCAAGCUCCCAUCCUCCAUCUCAUUCAUACAGACAGCCAAAUGCUAACCCAAGAGAAGGGUGGCAUUUAUAAAAUAUUUAACCUCACCAACAAAGGCUACAAAGAAGGACACACUAUCGACACAGAUUAUCCCGGUUUCUGCCGCUUUGACGCCAACACAAAACUCGAAACACUCUACGUACCUGACAGGGAAUCCACAAUAUACAUAUACAACUUCAACGGUGAAAAAAUUGGGUCUCUUAAACCUGACAAUGAUUUACCAAAACUCGGUGAUCCGAUGUGUUUAAAGUAUAUUGAAUUUCCGAACGACAGAUCCUGCUUAUUGGUGGGUUAUGAAGCAGGGUGGCUCCUACUGUGGGAUCUCAGCACUAGUCAAUACAUAAGCAAGUUACAGACAAAAGAAUGUCCGAUGUCCGUUGAUUUCCAUUUAGAACAACAGAGGGGAAUAGUAGGCAACACUUCAGAUGUGAUACAGAUAUUUAAUAUAGGGAAAAAAGAUUUAUCUAUGACCCACAAGUUGGAUAUAAACAUUAAGAACCCUGGUAUUAAUAAAGUCAACACAAGAGAUGAUGGCCGUGUAUUUGUGUCUGGUGGGUGGGAUGGACACAUCCGUAUAUUCUCUUGGUUUUCUUUGCGACCAUUAGUCGUUUUAACAGAACAUAGGCAGGCAGUGCAAGAAGUUGUUUAUUCAACUCAAAAAGUAUCAUAUUGGAAUGCAAAUAUUUUGGCAGCUGGAGGACUGGACGGUGCAAUCACACUUUGGGAUUUAUAUAACAACAAGAAAUAAUUCUAACAAGUAUAUAAAGUAAUAAGCAGACAAGACAAUAACCAUAGCCAAUUAUGUUUUUUUCACUCUGGUCAUAUUUAUAUUUUGGUUUUGAAUAUGUAUUGUUGGAAAUUAUUUUUAUUUGAUGCACAAGUGGUAUCAAAUUGUGCCAUCCAAUAUGUAGGUAUUGGUUUUUCUUACUGAUAUAUUGAUAUUGUACUUAUGUAUGGUUUGUCGUCCAACCAAAGCCAAACAACUGCCAAUAAUUACUGCAUUGUUUGACGCAUGUUAAAAGUUCUCAUUUUAUCCCUCUGUUAUACAAAUGAGAAGAAAAUGUUUGCCAGAAUUCAAAUUUUAUUUCAACUUCAUGAUUGAAACUUUGACUAUUUGUUUGACUUUAUGUUAUUUGCUUAUGUUUAAAUUUAUGCAACUGAGGUUUCAAAAGGCAUUUUAUAUUGAAAUCUAUGCCCAUUCACCAUAUUAAUAUUUGAACCCCUUCUUGGUUGUAAAAUGUGUUUAAUAUAAAAGUAUGUAUCAAAAUUUAAGUACUGGAUGACCUGACUACAUUUACAUAAUUUGCAUUUUACUAUAGUAUUGUACAUUAUUUAUUGUACUGAAAGUAAAUGGCCGAAUGUAAAUUAUCAUAUGUAGUGUAAGAGGUGUCAUUUGUUAAUAUUAUUUAUGUACAUGAGAUUUUUUUUUGGUGUAUUUUAUCAAACUCACUGCCUACUUACUGUAUUAAUAUUUGAACCCAACCUGUUUUAUAAUUCUUUUGUCUGCAUCUCAUAUUAUGAUUUCUCAGUUUUAAUGUCACUUUUUAUCAUUACAAUUUUAAUUUGUGUUUGUAGCCUGGGAAAGAAAUCCUUCUGAAUUUUAAAUUAAGUUCAUAUUGUUUUAUGGGGUUAAUCAUAAUAACUAAAAGGUUUGCGCGAGAGGAUUUUCCAACUUGGUUUUUGUGAAUGUUAUUAUAAUGUCAUAUUCUUAUAAUGCCAAUAUUGCCUUUAAUUGAAAAGUGCUUUAAUUAUUUGUGAUAACAUGUAUGGUAAGUUGUUGACUGUUAAUAAAACUAGCGAUAUUCUUGGGUACACAUUACUCAUUAAUCAUUAUCAAUUAUAGAUAUAUAGAGACGAUGUACGAAAAAAUUUAUCGCUAUAUUUAUUAACUGUUUGUCCAGUGAUGUUAUAGGUAAACAGAGGUCGAUAAAUGUAUCUUGGCUUUUUGGCAAACCUGAAUCCAGUAGCCAGAAAGAUACAUAAAAUCUGAGCUAAAUAAAGAUAAAGAGUUUAAUAUCUAUGAACACGCUAAUCUUACAAACUAAUUCGAUUUGAAUUUUUUUUAAUAAGAAAGUAUAUAUGGUUUUAAUAUCUCACUAAUCAGGUAUGUAUUUUCUUUUAUAGUCGGUAACAGUUAGUAAUUCACUAACAUAACGCACAGAGCAGGUUUUAAGCUGGACGGCAUGAGGUUGCUUUUCAAACAUAAUCGGACUCAAGACUUGCGACCGAUUGCAGGUUAGCUAAUUAGCCAAGUAGGUGAGCUUUUAGUGGCAGAGCUCGUCUGGUAAAGUACUAUCGCCAUAAUUAAUUCUGCUGCAAAGCAAAUUCUUGCAAUGCUGUGUUACGGUAUGUAGGGUUGGUUGCCGGUUACGUUUUAUACAGGUACGUGAGGCUUAACACCUACGCCUCAGGUUGACGGACACAGGGCUGCACUUUGCAGGACGUGUUUCUUGCAUGCCCUUCUAAGUGUUGCCUGUUUAUCGUCGAUGGUUUUGCAUUUAUCAUCAGUUGGGCCAUCUUGGCCCGUCAAUUAUUGAUAUUCCUUGAUAUAUCGUUAAAAAAGCGUAUAGAACUUAUUCACAUUUUUUCAUUUAUAACAUCAUUGGUGAUUAGAUCUCAUAUUAUGUACAAAUAUAAGUGAAAAAUGAAUUUGAACUCCCAUGUGGCGAAGUUUCUAGAAGCUAUGAGAACAUGUUGAGCGGUUUAUUCUUGACUAUUCCGUAAAAUGAUUUAAAAUAGCAUUUUUUUGGAGACAUUAAAUGCCUAUAGAAUAA